AUGUCGGAUCAAUAUAAGAGUGCUAAUGUACUGGAUAUAUGUAACUGCACCACAAUUAUUAUAUCCAGUAGUAACCCAUCAACUAUUAGUAUACAUUCUGGAGAGUUAGGACAGUAUACUUUAGUAGGGGUAAAGGCUGGCAGACCUUUUUAUAAACACACAAGCAAUAGAUUUUUCUUGUAUUACCAUGAAGGAAGAGGAGGAAAUUGGCUGGUCAAUGAAACACCAGGACUAGUUUAUGGAGGAAUUCAGAACUCAAAGGACUAUCCCAUAUGUCCUUAUUUGUUAUCAACAGUCUGGCAGUAUGGAGAUAGCAAGCUAGAGGGUUGGGUUUAUGACACUUCUCUUCAGGUGACAUGUCCAGAAGAUCCCUGUUCAAUUCUUAAAUGUGGCUUCAGAGCUCAAUGCCAGAUUACCAGUGGGAGAGCUUCCUGUAUAUGCAGGCCAGGGUACACGGGGAACCCGUACACAAGGUGCUAUCCUAACCUUGGCUCAUGUACUUGUAAACAUUUACACCUGAGUACAACAGGUCCUGCUCUAGUGCAUCAGAGAGAUAAAAUAGGUGAUUAUUAUUUGUGGGGAGAAUAUAACGAGAAACCAGUAUACCAACAUUAUAGUGGACUUGACUUCAUUUACUUCCACAAGAAUCAAGUAUGGGGAGUAGGUCCAAAGGUUGGUGGGAAAAAGGUUGGACUUCUAAACUUUAGUAUGGUGGACUGCCCGUACACAACAAAAGAGAUAUGGCAGUACGGUACACAGAAUCCGGGAGAUUUGAGACAACUGGAUACAUUAUUGAAAUUGGAAUGUGUUGAAUAAAGAAUAGAAAUAAAAAA